AUGUCUAAUGAAGAAGUUAGGUCGGCGCUUCUAAUGAUGGCUCAAGUCGUAACUACUCAAGCCCAAACCAUGACAGUCCAAGUUAAUAGGGUUGCUGACACUCAUGUGAACCCUAAUGUGAGCACUAUGGCUUCUAGGUUGAGGGAUUUUGUGAGGAUGAGUCCUCCGGUGUUUCUUGGUUCCAAGGUGGGAGAAUAUCUCCAAGAGUUUGUGGAUGAGGUUUAUAAGUAUGCUCCAUCUUUGGUGUCUAACCCGAGGGAUGAGAUGACUAGAUAUGUGACGGGUGUGUCCGACCUAGUUGAGGAAGAAUGUCAUACGGCAAUGCUCCAUUAUGACAUGAAUAUCUCUAGGCUUAUGGUGUUUGCUAAACAAAUUGAGGAGUCCAAACUUAAAAGAAAGAAUAAGGAGAUGAAGAGAGUUAAGUCCGAUAAGCAAGGUCAACCAAGAUUCAAAAAGAGGGCUUCUAACCAAGAUUCUUCAAGAACUCCUAGGGUUAACCAAGAGAGAGGUAGUGGGUCUCCAUUUCCUAAACCUACUUGCACCAAUUGUGGAAAGAGGCAUCUUGGGAAGUUCCUAGCCGGUACAAAUGGGUGCUAUGGUUGUAGAAAGAAUGAUCAUAAAGUGAAAGAUUGCCCUACACUUUCGGAAAAAGGAAGAGAUGCCAAACAAGCUUCUCCUAAUAUUUUGUAUCCUAAUGCUCCAAUGUAUGGUCGUUUAUAUGCACUCCGGUCUAGGGAGGACAAAGGAGCCCUUCCGAAUGAAGGCACCAAUAUGUUGAUAGUUCCUUAUAGUUGUGAAUGUUUUAUUGACGUCCUUAUGUUAUUUUUAUGCUAG